GAAGGCGGCGGCCUAUUUUAGGUUAUGUAUCGCAGCGUCUGCUAGAGACAUGUACUGCUGAAUUUUCAGGCGAGAUUGCGUUGAAUUUUAUUUUCCAAAAUGAACACUAGUUUGCGGUGUUUCCGCUUCUUACAGAACCAACUUUGGCACUCUGGAAAAUGUUUGAAUGUCUACCGUUGCAUGUCUUUUGAGAGUUCGAUCUCUCUCAAAAGUUUGUAUCCAACAAGCAAUCUUGCUAUAAAAACACCGUCCGUUUCACAGAUUCCUCCAAAGGAAGGACAGCGAUUUAGUGGUUUCAUACCAAUAGAAAAACUGAAGAUCACUGCAUCAAGAAGCAGUGGACCAGGAGGGCAACAUGCCAACAAAGUUAGUUCCAAAGUCGAUGUCCGCUUCCGAAUUGAUGAUGCAGAAUGGCUCGAGCCUGAAUUGAGAGAAAAGAUCAAGAGCCAAUUUCAGUCACGUAUUACAUCCGACGGCUACUUGUUUGUCACUUCAGACAGAACAAGAUCAAAGCAAUUAAACAUAGCUAACUGUAUGGAGAAGCUUAGGGACAUUAUUUGGAAAUCUGAAGGACCAGAGGUCGUAGAACUGAGUGAAGAAGACAAAAUACUACAAUUAAAACAGCAGGAAGCUGCAAAUAGAGAACGUUUGAAGAAGAAAAGGAUGAGAUCUUUUGAUAAACAAAGUAGACGCCCUGAUGAUAGAUACAUAGAUUAAAUACCGGUUAACAAUCCUU